AUGACGGUCGUCCAUGUUCUAGAUGAUUAUUAUCUUGCAAUAACACUGUUCAUUACAAUUGCAUAUCAAUUGUUCUUCUUCUCCAUUGCCUUUUCUCUCAAAUUCGAUAAACUCACAGACUUUGCUGGUGGAACAAACUUUGUUGUACUUGCUAUCAUAACACUUGCAUUCAGUGGUCAUCACAAUGCACGCCAAAUCGUUGCCUCCCUCUUUAUUAUGAUAUGGGGAGCACGCCUUUCAGCUUUCCUGUUAUUCCGAAUUUUGAAGACUGGAAAAGAUGAUAGAUUCGAUGAUAAGCGUGACAAUUUCUUCAAAUUUCUUGGGUUUUGGGUGUUCCAAAUGUUUUGGGUGUGGACUGUUUCAUUACCUGUCACACUUUUGAACUCCCCAAAGGUCACGCAAUUUCCACAACCCGCGUUUGGGACGGUUAGUGAUAUUGCUGGAGUCAUUCUCUACGCCAUUGGUAUUGUGAUGGAAAGUGUGAGCGAUAUUCAGAAAUAUCUCUUCAAGGUUCAUAACAGCGAUAAGUCGAAGGUUUGUGACAAGGGAUUCUUCUCAUGGAGUCGCCACCCAAACUAUUUUGGCGAGAUUAUCAUUCAAUUUGCUAUCUAUAUGAUCGCAGUCUCGCCCGCUGCUGAAGGCUAUGUUCAUGGCGGAGCUCGCAGAGCUCUCUAUGCUUCAGUCGUUGGUCCAUUGUUCCUCACUAUUCUCCUAAUGUUCGUAUCCGGCUUGACACUCCAAGAGAGACCUGGAGCCAAGAAGCGAUACGAGAAGAACAAUCAUUGGGAGGAAUACUCGCGCUACCUAAAACGAACGAGCAUUUUAAUUCCUUUCCCACCUCAACUUUACGAGAAGAUGCCCACGAUACUUAAACGAACGAUCUUCUUGGAAUUUCCUAUCUACGUAUUCGAUCCAGCAAAACAUUCUAAUAUUGGGCAAGGCCAGCAUGGCGCGGAGGAGGGCCAUCAGUCACACGGAGGAGAUCGACAAAGUACUGAUCGUUUGGCUCAAUGA